UUUCAUUUCGUCCUUCUCUUCCUCUCAAAUCCCUCGCUCCUUCCUCUUAGCUAAACCUGAAUUCUAUUCCCUCUAUGGCCAUCUAGCAUGUCCAACGAUCAUCAAUACUACUCUCUCUCCCCUGCUCUCUCCCUCAGCCUUGCGGGAAUCUUUCGCCGUGAUGAGGUGGUGGCGCCGUCGAGGAACGCUGACACGGAAGACGCCGGGGAGGAGGGCAGCGGAGGCGGGCGCCAAGACAACACUACUACUGUUCAUGAGAUUAGCAGCGAGAAUUCUGGGCUGAUCGGGAGAUCGUCGAGAUCGGAAGACGAUGGCGGCUUCGACGUCGAAGAAGGCGAGCAUGAAGGCGGCGACGAUGUUGAAGGUGACGACGACGGAGAGAAGAACAGGAACAAGAAGAAGAAGAGGAAGAAAUAUCACAGGCACACUGCUGAGCAGAUCAGAGAAAUGGAAAUACUUUUCAGAGAGUCACCACAUCCUGAUGAGAAGCAGAGACAACAACUUAGCAAGCAACUAGGCCUUGCUCCCAGGCAAGUCAAGUUUUGGUUCCAAAAUCGUCGAACCCAAAUCAAGGCUAUACAAGAGCGUCAUGAGAAUUUUUUGCUAAAGUCAGAAAUGGAUAAACUUAGAGAGGAAAAUGAGGCCUUGAGAGGGAUCAUAAACAAAGCUUGUUGUCCCAAUUGUGGCGUCGCUACCAUUUCCUCAGAUGCUUCCAUGCUCCCUGAAGAACACCAACUGCGCGUAGAAAAUGCCAAACUCAAAGCUGAGAUCGAGAAGCUUCGAACAGCAUUAGCGAAGGGCCCACCGGGUUCGACAACUUCCCCUUCGAGCUCUUUGGGAAAUGAGCAAAUGGAGAACAGAAACUGUUUAGAAAUUUACAGUGGAAUUUUCGGACUCGACAAGACAAGGAUAAUGGAGCUGCUUAACCAAGCAAUGGAAGAGCUUAUAAAGAUGGCCACUACGAAGGAACCACUAUGGGUUCGCAGCGUUGAGACUAGUCGCCAGAUACUUAAUUACGACGAAUAUGUCAAACAGUUCCAAGUUGAAUACAUUGGAAGACCUUCCUCUUCUAAUAAUAAGAGAUGCUCCAUUGAAGCCUCAAGAGAAACUGGGGUUGUUUUUCUGGAUCUCCCUCGUCUUCUUCAAAUCUUCUUGGACGUGAAUCAAUGGAAGGAAAUGUUUCCUUCCUUAAUAUCAAAGGCAGCCAUUGUUGAUGUUAUUUGCAGUGGUGAAGGUCCUAACCAGGAUGGUGCGGUGCAACUGAUGUUUAGCGAGCUGCAGAUGCUGACACCGAUGGUGGCGAGCAGGGAAGUAUACUUUAUGAGGUACUGCAAGCAAUUAAAGGAAGAAGAGUGGGCAAUCGUCGACGUAUCCAUAGACAAAGUACAAGACAGCAUCGAAUCUUCUCUGCUCAAAUGCAGAAAACGCCCUUCUGGUUGCAUCAUUCAGGAUACUUGCAAUGGCCACUGCAGGGUAACAUGGGUGGAGCACAUAGAAUGCGAGAAGAGCACGGUUCAUACAAUGUACCGGAGCAUCGUGAACAGCGGGCUGGCGUUCGGGGCGAGGCGGUGGCUGGCGACUUUACAGGUGCAAUGCCAGCGGCUGGUGUUCUUGAUGGCCACGAAUGUGCCGAUGAAGGACUGUGUGGGAGUUGGGACGAUGGCCGGAAGGAAGAGCGUGAUGAAGUUGGCGCAGAGAAUGACGAGGAGUUUGUGCCAUGCCGUGGCGGCUUCCAGCCUGCACACAUGGACCAAGGUGAGUGGUGAGAAUGGAGAAGACAUAAGGGUCAGUUCCAGAAAGAACUUGAACGAGCGCGGAGAGCCCCUUGGGGUGAUAUUGUGUGUUGUUUCUUGCUCCUGGCUUCCAGUCUCACCUAAUGUUCUCGUUCAUUUCUUGGGGGACGAAACCCGACGUACUCAGUGGCAUGUGAGAAGUGGCGGUGAGCACGUGCAGUCCAUCGUAAACUUGGCCAAAGGAAAAGAUCGAUGCAAUGCAGUCAACAUCCUGGCAGUAAAAUCAAAAGACGACAGUAGUAACAGUACGUGGAUUCUGCAAGACAGCAGCACGAGUACGUACGAAUCAACGGUGGUGUAUGCUCCGGUGGACAUCACUCGCAUGCAGUCAGUGAUCGCAGGCUGCGACUCCGGCGACGUCGCGAUUCUGCCGUCAGGAUUCUGCGUCGUCCCCGACGGACUGGAGGCCAUAAGGCCAUUGGUGAUUACUUCUUCAUCAAAGCAUCAUGGAGCAGAAGAAGAAGAAGAAGAGAAGAGCUCAGAAGCAGGGUCUCUGCUUACCAUGGCAUUCCAGGUCCUCGUCAGCACUUCGCCUGCUGCUAAGCUAACACAAGAGUCUGUUGAAUCAGCCACUUCUGUCAUGUCUUGUACUUUGAGAAAUAUCAGAACCAGUUUACAGUGUGAGGAUAGUUAGUUAGUUGGUUGGUUGGUUUAUUGUCGUCCAAGCAUGCUUUCACGUUUUUGGCAUAUAUAUAUAGAGGAGGAGAGAGAGAGAGAGAGAGUUGCAGAAGAAGUGGCUUGUUUUAGAUCCUCCACUUUUCAUGGGGUUUGAUUCAUUUGUUAUUCGUUUUCCAAGUUUGGCGUUUGCAGUAAAUGAUGAAUAUACCUGGAUCUGGAUUUCCAUUUAUAGAAACAAAAAGACAAACAGUUUGAGAAUGUUUGGGGAUUUAGUAGGGUUUUACUAUCUCACUUCCUAAUUAUAAGAUUUUAUUUGUAGUCUACAAACGAGAUCUUAUAAUUAGGACCAGAGUUAGUGUUAUGUAUUUUGUACCAAUGUAUAGAAUUACGUUACAAUUUACAAAUUAUUGGAAUGCUUGGUUUUUGCUUGUGUUUGUUUUAAA